AUGGGCUGCACCCUGUCAAAGACGAAGGCCAAAGAGUGGGAGGCCCCCAAGCAGCAGCGGAACCCAAGUGGGAGGAAAACCCCGGCCGAGAAGUUUCGUCCGGCGGACGACCACGGGGACAUUCCCCCGUUUGUCCCGGACGAUGAUCUGCUGCAGUGGUACGACGCCCACUUGGAGGACACGCGGAAGGUCUUUUGCGCGCCAGCCGCCGCGUUGGAGAAGUCGCUGGGCACGGGGCCGUCCCACGCAGCCGGCCACGGCAAGAAGGGCAAAAGCGGCCCCCCAGACGCCUUGGGCGGGAAGCAUGGUGUGCUGACGCUCUACCAGGUGACCCCCGUCAGCCACGUCAUCGGCCAGGGCUACUUCAGCCGCGUCACGCUGGCGGAUAUGGUGGUGCACAUGACAACGGCAGAGGCGCUUGCGAAGGACGGGAUAGAGGCACACCUGCUCUGCCACAGGUGUGACGCGAAUACGUCUCCACUGGGGAAAACGCUGACCAAGGCGCCGGCCACAACCCUGUACACUUCCCCCAAGUAUCUUAUUGCGUGCAAGGAGUAUACGCUGACCGAGGAUAGCGCCGUGUACGUCCACAACCAACUGCGUAAGGAGGUACAACAGUUGACGCGCCUCACAUAUAGCCCACGCUUGUUGAAGGUGCUUCAAAUAGAACCCGUAUACAAGGACCCCAAGUUAUCUGGACCCGAUGCGAGCACGCGUCCAAAACUCUUGGAGGGGAUGAGCCAUCAUCGCUUAGGAGGAAAUGGUGGUGGAAGUGCCAGUAGACGGCACAGUUUUAAUAAGGGCGGACGCGCAGCGCCCACGACCAAUUGCCAUGAGCCACCUGAGAAGGUGCGCAUCUACAUGGAAUACGCCAGGUACGGCACUCUGCGGAACAUGCUGCUCAACGAAACCCCUUGCAAAUUCGGAAAGAAGUACAUGCACGAGCUCACGGUGCGGGCGUAUCUUAGCGAGGUUCUUAUGGCGUUGGCGUUUCUUCACGAAAACAAGGUCGUUCACUCCGACCUCUGUGCCAAGAACAUCUACAUCUCAAACCAUAUACACACUGUCUACGCCACUUGCUUCCCUGCGUACAUCGCCGAUAUUCCGGCCGGGAGGUUCGCAAAAGUCCCGGCGGCGUGGGUGCGCCGUGUCUUGGCGCUUAUGGACCCGGAGUGCAUGCAGCCGCAGUACGACUCGGGGGGCGAGGGACGGGUGCCCAACGACAGUAUCAUGACACACCUCGGCGUGCAGCAUUCCAUGGAACACUCCAUCAUGCAAAGCCCUGGCGACGCGGAGGCGUCCAUGACUUUGCCCCCUAUUCUCAUCUUGGGAGGAAGCGGGCAACAAGUCCCGGGCGUGCCGUCAGGCAACGCGGCGGACAAUAACAAUGGCAGUGGCAAUCAGAACAACGGCGCGGACGAAAAUGGGGGUGACGAGGACUGCUGUCGUUGGAUGGAUUUGGAGGUGAAAAUGUUCCUGCAGGAGAAUGCAUACACGGAGGAUGACAACAUCCCACUUCCCUCCCCACUCUCAAGCGUCGAUGACGCGGAUGUCUUCAACAGCCCGACCCUGGACGGACUCACCAUUGUGCGCAACGGAUCCUUUGCACGCUCGCCGCCAAAGCUGCACCUGCCCCCAGUUUUUUCGACCAACAUGUUGUCCGGCGACUUCUCUCACGGCACGGCUAGGCUGAACUGCAGCGCCACCACGUUCAACCACAUCGCUGCUACGGCGCCUCCAGGCGGUGAGGUUCAACGAGACGCAAUCCUUGAUAGUUUGGCGAGUGGUGUUGCCAAUGAACUGCCACACCACAUCCCUAAAAAGAGAACAUCGGUGCGGCGCCCACGGAAGCCUCUUAUCAAGUUGGGCCACUAUGGCUUGAUCCGCUCUAUUCUUGUUGGAAACAACAAUGAAAAUGUGCACAAACUGGGGCGUGUCUCGCACAUGGCCCCUGAGAUCGCGCGGGGAGGUGCCUUUGCGCCUGCAAGCGACAUUUACGCUUUUGCCAUGACGUUUAUUGAGUUGACCACGCCGAAUGGUGGCGUCUUUGCGGACCUGCGUCCCACCGACAUGGAACCCCCCCGCACGCGACAAGAGAAGAGCGAGUACGAUGCGGUCUGGCUGAAGAACAUUAAGCGAUACCUCCUGAAAAACGAUAACGUAGUGCCCCUGCCAUCGCAGCUCUCCGAGGAGUGUAAGGCGAUGCUGCGGAUGUGUCUUCAGUACGAUCCGGCAAGGCGCCCGACGGCGGUGGAGCUGCUGCAGUCCAAGUACUUUUUGCUGGGCCACUGGGUGAAUGUCGCGACAAAAAAUGGGAGUAUAGAGGCGCCGUGGCGCGACACCAAUUACGAGGCGGCGGCCGAGGCGGCGGGAUUGCCGCGACUUCCGUCCGACCCGGGCGUCUACAAUGUCGCAGCUUUGCUGAAUGCGGGGGGGCCGACGAAGAAGAUGACGGUGAAGCAGCAGUGA